ACGGCACAGCGCACGCACGCCGUGUACCAUGCGAGCUAAAGCGGUGCGCGUCGGGUUCGUGGACGCGGGAUUAAUGGUGACCGUUUUCACGCAGGAAGCUUCUCAACUUGGGCGCAGAGGGUCCGCGGGGAAACAUGGCCGAAGGAGGGCCGGGUAAAGGUGACGCAGAAGACCCCGACAAGUCCACCGAGCCGGAGUCCCGGACUCGAACACAGAUCCUGUCCGGAUCGGGCUUCUGCAAAUGGUUCAACGUCCGGAUGGGUUUUGGAUUUAUUUCGAUGACCAGCAGUGACGGGGGUCCCGUGGAUCCUCCUCUGGAUGUUUUCGUCCACCAAAGCAAACUGGUGAUGGAGGGCUUCCGCAGCUUAAGGGAUGGGGAGCCGGUAGAGUUCACCUACAAGAAGUCCUCUAAAGGUCUGGAAUCCUUGCGGGUAACCGGACCCGGUGGGGGACCCUGCACAGGCAGCGAGAGGAGACCCAAAGGGAAAGUUCCACUGCAGAAACGCAAACCAAAGGGAGACCGAUGUUAUAACUGUGGCGGUUUGGAUCAUCAUGCCAAGGAGUGUGGCCUGCCCCCCCAGCCAAAGAAAUGCCACUACUGCCAGAGCAUCAUGCACAUGGUGGCUCACUGCCCUCACAAGGCACCGGCGCCCCCCACAGGCUCUCAGGACCAACACGCAUCUACCUCAACCUCCAGCCCAGGGGCCAGGCCCUACCUCUGCCCCCCGGAGGAGGAGGAGCAGUCCGGCUGUUCUCCCCGGGAAGGCUUCUCCUCCUCCCCAGAGGAGCCACACCCACACCGCGGCCCCCGGAUGCAGAGGUGUAGGAAAUCCUGAGGUCGGCUUACGGAGGCGAACCCUUUCGCCCCUGGCGUUGCUCCUCAGUCGGGGAUACCUGCAGCCCCACCCCCUUCAUCUACCUCACAGCUGUCAAACAUGGGAGGUCUUUAUUCCUUUACUACUUUAUUUUGUUGUUAUUUUUCUAACCA